UUUUUAAAAUAUGGCGGCUUAUUUACUUCUGUAGAUGCCAGUCGUGUUGGCUUGUUUCUCAUUUCAUUUAUGUCCAAGCUUGUUACAGAACGCACAAACUAGUUUGAAGAACAAACAAAAAUUAUGGAACCUGGCAAUGAAGCUGUCAAAACUACUGCAGACAAAACUAAGGCUGAGUUAGGAGAUAAAAAUGUCAACUCAUCUUUCACCUUCAGAAAGCCUUUCCCAGAAGUUAAAGCAGCGACCUCAGCACGGUUGGGUGGAGCAUCACAAACUUUAACACCACAAACUACAUCAACAGAAAAAUAUGAAGACAGUAAAUCAACAAUUCAAGCGGCUAAACAAUUUCUACAAACAGCGAAAAUAAUCAGUCGACUAGAACUUAUAGAGAAAGCUCUAUUUUCUCUUCAAGACAGCAAACAAAAGACUGAAGAUGACAUAUCAGAAAUAAAACAAUGGAGAGACAACUUGCAGACAGAAAAAAAUAAUAUGGCAGAACAAUUUUGUAAUCAACAAAAACAAAAUCUUGAAAGCCUCAGACAAAAAAUAAGAGAACAAGAUGACAAAAUAAAGGAGCUGAACAAAGAAAUUGAGAGUUUAAAAGAAAAGGAAGCACAGUCAAACAAAACACUAGAAAAACUUUCUCUAAAAAUCAAAGAAUAUGAAAACAACUUAAACCCAAUAAAUCAAGAGAUGGAACUUAAGACAGAUAGUCUAACCCAAGAAGUUAGAAUUCAUUGCUCUCUGGUGUCUUCUAUACAAGACCAACUACAAGAAAACAUGCUACAUACAACUUGUAACUUAAAUGAGUUAUAUGCUAAGUUUGAAAAUCAAGCGAAGGAUGUUUUGAAGCUUGAAAAUCAAUUAAAGGAUGUUUUGAAGCUUGAAAAUCAAGUAAAGGAUGUUUUGAAGCUUGAAAAUCAAGUAAAGGAUGUUUUGAAGCUUGAAAAUCAAGUAAAGGAUGUUUUGAAGCUUGAAAAUCAAGUAAAGGAUGUUUUAAAGCUUGGAAAUCAAGCAAAGGAUGUUUUAAAGCUUGAAAAUCAAGUACAGGAUGUUUUGAAGCGUGAAAAUCAAGUACAGGAUGUUUUGAAGCUUGAAAAUCAAGUAAAGGAUGUUUUGAAGCUUGAAAAUCAAUUAAAGGAUGUUUUGAAGCUUGAAAAUCAAGUAAAGGAUGUUUUAAAGCUUGGAAAUCAAGUAAAGGAUGUUUUAAAGCUUGAAAAUCAAGUAAAGGAUGUUUUAAAGCUUGAAAAUCAAGUACAGGAUGUUUUGAAGCUUGAAAAUCAAGUAAAGGAUGUUUUAAAGCUUUCAACACCUUUGAACACAGUUAAAUCCCCUUCAUGUAAACCUUACAUCUGUCAAGUGCAUGUUGAUAGCAACACACCAGUAACCAGGGGAUCCAUUGUUUCUACAUUCUAUAAUGUGUGGGAACGUAACGGCUGCCAUUUUAAUCAGACAACGGGCAAGCUUGUAGCACCAGAAGAUGGCAUCUAUCUCGUCAUUGCAACCUUACUAGAGUAUGAAAAUAAACUAAUUCAAGUUAAUGUUUUAAUCGGGGAGGUGUUAUGCAAUGAAGUUUUUGUUACUACUGCCUUAACAUCAGCUUGUGGAUCAACCGUUGUUUCCAUAAAGAAAGGGGGAGAACUUUUCUUUCAAGUGGCUCAAGCUGAUGCAGGGGCAAAACUGCAAAGAGGCAGUGGUUUCACCAUUGUUAGAUUAUAAAAAUAAAGUCUGUAUUUUACUUAAUUAUAAAAAUAAAGUCUGUAUUUUACUUAAUACAUUUGGUGUUGUAAAAAUAAUUCUCUGUAUUUUACUUAAUACAUUUGGAGUUAGAUUGAAAAUAUAAAUAAAAUGUCUUAUAUAACUUAAUACAUUUGGUGUUAGAUUUAAAAUAUAAA